UUCUAUCCUCAGAUACUUAAUGAGACGACAGCUUCUUCUUCUAUAGUGGAAACAUUGAAGAAAGCAAACUCAUUCUUCCUCACGUAGUGUUGGCGAGUACUCUCUUAGCUCUUCUCUAUCCUCCUUUCUUUCACUUGGUUCACCUCCAGGUACUUCGUACCUGCUUUAGGCUUCUUGAUGUUUGCGGUUGGUAUCAACUCAAACGAGAAAGACUUUCUCGAAGCUUUCAAAAGACCGAAAGCUAUACUCCUCGGUUACCUUGGACAGUAUCUCAUCAAGCCUCUCCUUGGUUUCAUCUUUGGCUUAGCUGCUGUCUCUCUUUUCCACCUCCCUACUCCUAUAGGUGCUGGAAUCAUGUUGGUCUCGUGUGUUAGUGGAGCUCAGUUAUCAAACUACGCCACUUUCUUGACGGAUCCAGCAUUGGCACCUCUUAGCAUCGUCAUGACUUCUCUAUCUACCGCUACCGCGGUCCUUGUCACGCCGAUGCUAUCGCUCUUGCUUAUAGGGAAGAAGCUGCCCGUUGAUGUGAAAGGAAUGAUAUCCAGCAUUCUCCAGGUCGUGAUCGCGCCAAUUGCUGCAGGGUUGCUACUAAACAAGUUGUUCCCAAAACUAUCCAAUGCAAUCAGACCGUUUCUCCCAGUUCUAUCGGUUCUUGACACGGCAUGCUGCGUUGGAGCGCCACUGGCGUUGAACAUAAACUCGGUUGUGUCUCCGUUUGGAGCAACGAUAUUGUUGCUAGUAACGAUGUUUCAUCUCUCGGCUUUCCUCUCUGGAUACUUCGUUACCGGUUCGGUCUUUAGAAACGCUCCAGACGCUAAAGCCUUGCAGAGAACAUUGUCCUAUGAAACUGGAAUGCAGAGUAGUCUUUUGGCACUAGCGCUUGCGACAAAGUUCUUUCAAGAUCCUCUUGUUGGGAUCCCUCCUGCAAUAUCUACGGUGGUAAUGUCAUUGAUGGGGUUCACACUCGUUAUGAUAUGGUCUAACGAAAAAGAGCAAAGAAUUUAAACAAUAUGAAAUUCUUAUAUUUAUGUACGAAAUUUUGUAACAUUAUAAGAAAUCGAUUCCACCAUAAAGGAUGGUUUGAUUAUAAA